AUGUGCACGUACUACUACCUCCACCGCCACCACACGCCGCCCUGCGACCGCACCAUCGACUAUGUUAUGCAAUACGGCUUCUGCACCCAUGCCACCAUGGACCCGACCACGGGACUCGCCCUGCCGUGCGAGAACUUGUGUUUUGACCAGGAGCAGAGCGUCGACUACAACAACCCGUGCGCAAUGGGUGAUUGUACCGAGAGCCCUGACUGCAGCUCCGGAGCCUGUCGCCUGGCCGAACUUAAUGGAAUAUGGGUCUGCUGCGAGUGCAACCGCGGCGGCAAUGUCUACCGAUGGUGCGGUCAUCGCAUGCGUUCGAGCCCGGACACGCUCUGCUACCACGUGUGCUGCAAAAACUGCCAACCGGACGAGGCUAGCAUGAGUCUCGGGCGAGGGGCCCCCGUGGCGAAUCCGGUUUCCUAUUGA